GCUCGCGCUUGCUGACGUUUUUUAAUGAAUCAUCUGCGCAGGCGUAUAGACGACAUUUCCGGGUACGACAUGUAAUACGAAUACGCUGACCUCCUCAAUCGUCGGUAGAAAAUACGAAACCAAUGAUUCCCAUAUGCCCCGUUGUAUCCUUCACCUAUGUGCCCAGCCGGCUUGGUGAAGAUGCCAAAAUGGCUACCGGCAAUUACUUUGGAUUUACACACGGCGCUGCCGCACAAUAUAGUCAGCAGCCAACUGCCGGGGUAGCUUACACCCAUCCCACCACAGUGGCCAGUUAUACAGUUCAUCAAGCACCUGUGGCGGCUCACACUGUGGCAGCAGCCUAUGCCCCCACAGCAGCCACCGUCGCGGUCGCGAGGCCAGCACCUGUUGCAGUGGCUGCUGCUGCUACCGCUGCAGCAUACGGGGGAUACCAGCCUGCUCAUGCUGCUGCUGACUAUGGCUAUACACAGCGUCAGCCGGAGGUUCCUCCACCGCCACCUCCAGUCACCUCACAAAACUACCAGGAUUCCUACUCCUAUGUCCGGUCCACAGCUACUGCAGUAACCUAUGACAGCAAGCAGUACUAUCAGCAGCCAACUGCAAACGCAGCAGUGGCUGCUGCUCAGCCACAACCUACUGUAGCUGAGUCCUACUACCAAACAGCCCCCAAACCAGGAUAUAGUCAGGGGGUAACAUCAUAUACCCAGACUCAGCAGACCCGUCAGGUGACAGUGAUCAAGCCAGCCGCUCCCAGCCCUGCAACCUCAUCUUUCUCCAUUUAUCCUGUAACCUCCACUGUCCAGCCUGUCGCUGCUGCAGCGUCUGUGGUCCCGACAUAUUCGCAGAGUCCAACUUACAGCACAAAUGCUGUCACCUACUCUGGAACUUCAUAUUCAGGAUAUGAAGCAGCAGUAUAUUCAGCAGCCUCAAAUUACUACCAGCAACAGCAGCAGCACCAGAAACAGGCAGUGGCAGCUGCAACCGCUGCAUGGACAGGGAACACUUUCACUAAGAAACCCCCCUUUCAGAAUAAGCAGCUCCGACCAAAGCAGCCACCAAAACCACCCCAGAUCCACUAUUGUGAUGUCUGUAAGAUCAGCUGUGCUGGGCCCCAGACUUACAAGGAGCACCUGGAAGGCCAGAAGCACAAGAAGAAGGAAGCGGCACUGAAGGUUUCGCAGAGUACGAACAGCAGCAGUGGUAGCAGUGCUGGGUUAUUGGCCCGAAGUUCUCAAAAUCAACUUCGCUGUGAGCUUUGUGAUGUUUCCUGCACCGGCGCAGAUGCUUAUGCUGCCCAUAUCCGUGGAGCCAAACAUCAGAAGGUUGUGAAGCUUCAUACCAAACUUGGCAAGCCUAUUCCUUCUACCGAACCCAGCAUGGUGACUCAGAUAUCAUCCUCCAGCUCAGCUGUCCCCAACAAAACCAUCACGUCUACCUUGAACUCCUCCUCUACCAGCAGCUCUCUGGGGGUGGUUUCCUCCUCCACUGCUUCAUCCAGCACCUCCUACCUAAAACCUGUCAACCUAGUCAGCAGUGGCGUAAUGGGUGUCAAGAACCCAUUAGCCAGCAAUUUGUCCCCUGCCAACGCUGGCACAGCUGGAAAGAAAGUCAACACACCCAAGAUCAAUUUUGUUGGUGGAAAUAAAUUGCAUACUACAGCAAAGCAUGAAGAGGGCAGAGUGGAGAAUCCCAAGAUUGUUAUGGCCACCUCAGGUGCUCUGGAUGCAAAAACCGAAGUUUCUGAUUCUCUGACCACAUCAGCACUCGCUGCACUGCAGAGUGACGUCCAGCCUGUUGGCCAUGACUACGUUGAGGAGGUCCGAAAUGAUGAAGGCAAAGUCAUCCGCUUCCAUUGCAAGCUUUGUGAAUGUAGUUUCAACGAUCCCAAUGCAAAGGAAAUGCACCUGAAGGGACGUCGACAUCGCCUGCAGUACAAGAAAAAGGUGAACCCGGACCUGCAGGUAGAGGUGAAGCCAAGUAUUCGAGCACGCAAGAUUCAAGAAGAAAAGAUGAGAAAACAGAUGCAGAAAGAGGAAUACUGGAGAAGACGAGAAGAAGAGGAGCGUUGGAGAAUGGAAAUGCGACGAUACGAGGAGGGCAUGUUCUGGAGACGUAUGGAGGAAGAACAUCAUUGGGAUGAGCGACGUCGCAUUCCAGAAGGAGGGUAUCAACAGGGUCCGCCUGGUCCUCCAGGUCUACUUGGAGUUCGACCUGGCAUCCCAGGUUUACAGCCCCAGGGUCCUAUGCCCCCACGUCGCCCUGACUCUUCGGAUGACCGCUAUGUCAUGACCAAGCAUGCUUCCAUCUACCCCUCAGAGGAAGAGCUGCAGUCUAUUCAGAAAAUUGUCUCUAUCACAGAGCGUGCUCUCAAGCUGGUCUCGGACAUAAUAACAGAUGAGGAGAAGGCCAAAGAAGAAGACAAAGAAAAGAAAGAACCAUCUAAAGAUAGGUGUGAAGUGGGUGACAGAUCCCUGAAGGGCGUGAUGAGGGUGGGUGUCCUUGCCAAAGGCUUGCUUCUUCGUGGGGACAAGAAUGUCAACUUAGUCCUACUCUGCUCAGAGAAGCCCACCAAGAAUCUCCUCACGCGUAUUGUGGAGCUCCUCCCCAAACAAUUAACAAUAGUAACGUCGGAAAAAUAUGAUAUUAAAGGCUCUGUCCAAGAAGCAGCCAUCAUUCUUACAUCCUGCACAGAGCCAAAGAUGCAAGUGACCAUCACUUUGACUUCACCUGUCAUCAGAGAGGAAAAUGGCCUGGAUGGAGAUGUAACCUUGGGUAUGGUGAAAGACCCAGCGGACGUCUUGGACAGGCAAAAAUGCCUUGACGCUCUGGCUGCUCUGCGCCACGCUAAGUGGUUCCAGGCUAGAGCCAAUGGACUCCAGUCCUGUGUGAUCAUCAUCCGGAUACUGCGAGAUCUCUGUCAGCGAGUCCCAACGUGGUCACCCUUCCCAGGAUGGGCCAUGGAGCUGCUUGUGGAAAAGGCCAUCAGCAGUGCGGCUGCCCCGCUCACCCCAGGCGAUGCACUGAGGCGUGUCUUUGAAUGUAUUUCAUCUGGGAUUUUGCUCUCUGGUGGGCCUGGACUGAUGGAUCCCUGUGAAAAGAAUGCUGUAGAUACCCUAGCACCUGUGGGGGAGCAGCAGAGAGAGGAUAUAACCCUAAGUGCCCAAUUUGCUCUGAGGCUGCUGGCGUUCCGUCACAUCCAUAAAAUUUUGGGUAUGGACCCUCUGCCGCAGGCUAACCCUCGCUUCAGCGUGAACAGCAGCCGCAAGCGUCGCCAUGACAACAGUGAUGGAGCAGACAGCUUUGAGGGUGAAGGUAAAAAGGAUAAGAAGGAUUAUGAUGUUUUAUAAGUGUCACUGUGACAACCUGUAAAAAAAAUACUUGGAUGUAUUUCCAGCGGGGUCCACCAGCGUUUGCUGGUUGCUCCAGUGAUACGUUCUUUUUGUUUUGUUUUCAACUUAUAGAUGCAUAUGUGUAUUGCAGCCUCACACGUGUUAAACCAAACUCUCUAUCGUUUUUAGAUUUCCUAUGGCUGAGUUCUAACUAUCGAAUAUAUAGUGUGGUUUCUUUUUUAUUAUUAUUUUUACCCUAGGUAGUUAAAUUAUUGCAUUUUGUGACGUUGAGUGUUGGUGGCAUUGGCUUCUUCUGCUGCUUUCCUUGGACAUGGUGGAGAAAGGCAAGCAGCGAUCACUGUCUCUAUUCAUCUGUAUAGUAGCAUUCCAGAGUGGACAUUGUGACACAUUCAUCUGCUCAGUUAGCGCCUCUUUCAAUUGGAAUCUCCUGUCAUGAAGGCAGGUGAUGUUUGUCUGUGCUCUGCUAUACUCAAAGAGGUAACCCAGCGUUGUCGGUAGUGAACUUGUCAGCCAAAAAUGUCCUCUUAUGUUCUGAAAUAUAUUCAUUCAAAUGACAUUGCUUGUAUAAUCUUCAAUAGAAAGUGUUGACUUGUGGAAAGCAUGGCUGUAUUGAUGAUUGCAUCCUGUUUAGUUCUGCUGCUGACUGGGGAAACCUGCCCGUUUAUCUGGUCUAGGUGCUACUUUUAGUACUGGAAAUAACAAAUGGGAAGGGGGUGCUCUUCAAUCAAACAUGUUGAAAUGUAUGCUGCCACACGAUUCUAGUAGCAGAAUAAACUAACUCCCAGUUCGAAGAGCUUUGAA